AUGGCACAACUGGAUGGAGUGGUGGCAGUGUGUGGUGAAUCAGACGGUGGCACUUCGAAGCCUGGAGGAGCGGUGGUGGAGGCGACGGAAGCCAGGGUUGGUGCAGACAGAGGUGUGGAGUCUGAAAUCUGGGGCUGGGCCACUGGAGUCAUGCUACUGCGAGCGGCGUGGCGCCGGCGCCGCCCACGUAAAGGCGGAGAGCGGCGCGCGCGACGGCACAGUGUCUGCGGCGCCGGCGUGCCGAGCGGACGACGCGGAGUCUGCGCCUGCGAGGCCCAGCUGCGACCAGCGCACGCCGCGAUGCGCGCCCCGCCGCUGCCGCCCCCGCCGCUGCUGCUGCUGCUCCUGCUGCUGCUGCUGGCGCGCUGCUGCGUCCUCUCCGAUUGCUACAACAAAACUUCACUUGGAUACAGGGCAAAAAUAAUUUUGGUGAAGAAAGCUUUGCCACCGAUGAUCCACCACUUUUUGGCUGAUAUCGACCGUCAGAUGUCAUUCUUCGACCAGCACUUCGGCUUGGGGCUGAUACAUGACGACUUGCUUUUCCCUCAUCUGUCUCUCGUUCCUGCUCUGUCUGGUCACUACAGACCAUGGUGUCAUUUGGCAGCUAGUGACUCUGUCGUAUCUGCCAUCCAGAACAACAAAGAUGGCUUCAAGGUUAAUCUAGACGUCCUGCAGUUCAAACCGGAGGAACUGACGGUAAAAGUGGUGGGUGAAAGAGUGGUGCCAGAGACAAAACAUGAAGGGCGUCGAGAUGAGCACGGUUACAUAUUGCGCCACGUGCAGCUUCCCUAUUUGCUGCCGAAGGACGUAGUGACUGAACAGGUGCAGACGCAACUGUCAUCGGAUGGUGUCCUCACAAACGCAACAAACAAGGCUAUCCCUCCAGCAGAGGGCGGUGAGCGAGUAGUACAAGUUGUGCAGACGCGUGUUCCAGCAGUUACCAUCCAGCAACAGCAGGGAGGAGAGAAGAUGGAGCAGUGA